AUGGUCGCGGCACACACCUCCAGCCACCCGUCCGCUUCUGCUGAGUGGAUCAUCUGUCUGGAUAAGAGACCGGAGGAGCGUUUGGGGGAGGAUGUGGACAUUAUCUUGGCCCGUCUGAAAAGUGUGAAGGCCUUUGAGAAGUUCCACCCUGCACUACUUCAGCAGAUCUGUCUGUGUGGAUUCUACGAGUGUCUGGAGAAAAGCAUCACAUUGUACAGGCAGGGUGACAUUGGCACUAACUGGUACACCGUCCUGUCCGGUUCCCUAGAUGUCAAAGUCUCAGAAACUGCAAACCAUCAGGAUGCUGUCACCAUCUGUACGUUGGGCAUCGGCACAGCUUUCGGGGAGUCUAUUCUGGACAACACGCCGCGGCACGCCACCAUUGUCACCCGAGAGUUCAGUGAACUGCUGCGGAUUGAGCAGAAGGACUUUAGGAGCCUGUGGGAGAAUUAUCGUCAGUGCAUGGCUGGUCUGCUGGUCCCUCCCUACGGUGUUAUGGAGAGCGGCCCAAAUACUGACAGAAUGCCUGACAAGGAGAAUCUGAACAACAGUUCACCCGGAUCAUCAUCCAAACACUUAAAUAAGAAAUCAUUCAUUCAAAGUCCCACCAAACAUCCCCCCGAAUCCAUUACUCAGGUGCCGUCAGAAAAGAUCCUGCGGGCAGGUAAAGUGUUACGAAACACCAUCCUGUCCCGAGCACCUCACAUUAUCAGAGACAGGAAGUACCACCUUAAAACAUACAGGCAGUGCUGUAUGGGCACGGAGCUCGUUGAUUGGCUGAUGCAGCACACUUCCUGUGUUCACGCUCGUGUUCAGGCUGUAGGGAUUUGGCAGGUGCUGCUGGAGGAGGGCGUCCUAAACCACGUGGACCAGGAGCUGAGUUUCCAAGAUAAGUAUCUGUUUUAUCGCUUCCUGGAGGAUGAGACUGAGGACGCACCCCUCCCCACUGAGGAAGAGAAGAAAGAGAGCGAUGAAGAACUACAGGACACCCUCCUGCUCCUCUCUCAGAUCGGACCUGACGCCCAUCUGCGAAUGAUCCUGAGUAAACAGCCUGGCCAGAGGACAGCAGAUGACCUGGAGAUCAUUUAUGAGGAGCUGCUGCAUAUUAAAGCCUUAUCACUUCUCUCCACCACUGUGAAGAGGGAACUAGCUGGUGUUCUGAUAUUUGAGUCCCAUGCCAAAGCAGGCACAGUGUUGUUUAAUCAAGGGGAGGAGGGCACGUCAUGGUACAUCAUCCUGAAGGGCUCCGUUAACGUGGUGAUCUAUGGAAAGGGUGUAGUUUGCACGUUACAUGAGGGAGAUGACUUCGGGAAGCUGGCUCUGGUGAAUGAUGCACCUCGGGCAGCGUCUAUCGUACUGAGAGAGGACAACUGCCACUUCCUGAGAGUGGAUAAAGAAGACUUCAACAGAGUCCUCAGGUCUGUCUCUGUAGAUCCUGCUCUGGAUGACUUUUUGCUUAUGCACUGUGUUUUUGUCCCAAACAGUCAGCUGUGUCCUCUGCUCAUGGCCCACUAUCACGCUCAGCCGUCUCAGGGCAGUGAACAGGAGCGGAUGGAUUACUCUCUCAAUAACAAGCGCAGGGUGAUUCGUCUGGUCUUACAGUGGGCCGCAAUCAACACAGAGCACCUGCAGGAGGAGGACAGCUCUUUCAACUUCAUCCAGGAGUUUUAUGAGACAGUGUGUGAAGAUUCCAAACUCAUUCCAGCUCUGAAAGACCAGCUGCCCGAACUAGAGAAGAUCAUCAAGCAGAACUGUGAUGAUGGCCGGCCCUCUCAGAAAAAGCACAAAGUCCUGCUGCGUCAGUUCAGCACAGGGAACGACAGAUUGCAGAAGAAACAGCCGAUCAAAAGUACAGACGACAUCCUCUUUAAGGUGUACUGCAGUGAUCAUACGUACUCCACUAUCCGAGUGCCUGUCGCUGCGUCUGUCAGAGAGGUCAUCUGCGCCGUUACCGAUAAGCUGGGGUCAGGAGAUGAUCUUCUGCUCAUCCACCUCAACUCAGCCGGAGAUAAAGAGCUUCUAAAGCCAGCAGAUGUGUCCAUCUUCUCAUCACUGAGCAUUAAUGGUCGUCUGUUUGUCUGCCCGAGGGACCAGAUCGACUCUUUGACUCCGCUGCCGGAGCAGGAAGGGCCGUCUGCAGGCUCCAUGUCCACGUUUGAGCUCAUGAGCUCGAAAGAUCUGGCUCAUCAGAUGACUCUCUACGACUGGGAGCUCUUCGACUGUGUACACGAGCAUGAGCUGAUCUACCACACGUUUGGCCGUCAGCACUUCAAGAAGACCACGGCUAAUCUGGAUCUGUUCCUGCGGUGCUUUAAUGAGGUUCAGCUGUGGGUGGUCACAGAGGUUUGUUUGUGUCCCACGCUCAGCAAACGUGUCCAACUGCUCAAGAAGUUUAUCAAGAUCGCAGCGCACUGUAAAGAGUUUAAGAAUUUGAACUCAUUCUUUGCCAUUAUCAUGGGCCUGGGAAACCCUGCGGUCUGUCGACUCAGUCACACAUGGGAGAAACUGCCCAGCAAGUUCAAGAAGUUUUAUGGAGAGUUUGAAAACCUGAUGGAUCCCUCCAGAAAUCACAGAGCGUAUCGACUUACAGUGGCCAAGUUAGAGCCACCUAUCAUUCCCUUCAUGCCUUUGUUAAUUAAAGACAUGACGUUCACACACGAAGGUAACAAGACGUUUACUGACAGAUUGGUGAACUUUGAGAAGGUGAGAAUGAUCGCAAACACAGUCAGAAUCAUGAGAUACUGCCGGAGUCAGCCAUUCAAUCAAGAAGCACCGCAGGCGACUGGUAAAAGCCAUCAGGAUGUGCGGAGCUACAUGCGUCACAUUAGCGUGAUUGACAACCAGCGUACCCUGUCCCAGCUGUCCCACAGACUGGAGCCGCACCGGACCUGAUCCGCUCCCGUCAGUGCUGCUUCACCUCUGCCAGUCAAUAAGCUAGAGCUGUACAUGAACAGAAGCCUUCCUCCACUGCAGCGUAUGCACACACAAGGGCUUUCCCUUUUUUUGGCUGCUUGUGCGAAAGCGUGGCUUCAUUUCAGUGUACGGCUGUGGAUGUUCAGAGCUCUGUUUGUGACCUUUCUUAUAUUCUGCCACGGAUCAGAUGUUC